UCCCUCCUCCUCCUUCCAAACGACUCCCUCACUACUCUUCUUCUUCUUCAUAGUUUCUUCUUCACAACCUUUCCUCUACUCUCUCGCAGCUUCUACACCACCACCCUCAUAUACAAAUUCUCUCUUCGUUAUUAACUAACACCAAUGGCUUGCUUAGAGGUGUGCAAGGAGGGGAAGUUGAAAGAGGAACAAGAAGAAGCAUGCACUCAAGAUGGAAGUGUUGAUUGGCAUGGCCGACCCGCUAUCAAAGCAAAAUCCGGACAAUGGACUGCUGGAAUUAUCAUUCUCUUGAACCAGGGGCUGGCAACUCUAGCUUUCUUCGGGGUCGGGGUGAACUUGGUGCUUUUCUUGACAAGAGUAUUGGGUCAAAAUAAUGCUGAGGCUGCUAAUAAUGUCAGCAAAUGGACUGGGACGGUCUAUAUAUUUUCCCUGGUUGGUGCUUUCCUCAGUGAUUCCUACUGGGGAAGGUACAAAACCUGUGCUAUCUUUCAAGUCAUAUUUGUUAUUGGGUUGGUGUCACUGUCGCUAUCAUCAUACCUUUUCUUGAUUAGACCAAGAGGUUGCGGGAAUCAAGAAAUGCCGUGCGGCUCACAUUCUGGAUUGGAGAUUACGCUGUUUUACCUCUCCAUCUACUUGGUUGCCCUAGGGAAUGGAGGCUAUCAACCUAACAUUGCUACUUUUGGGGCUGAUCAGUUUGAUGAAGACGACCCUAAGGAAGGCCACUCUAAGGUUGCCUUUUUUAGCUACUUUUACCUAGCUUUGAACCUUGGAUCCCUUUUCUCCAACACCAUUUUGGGGUAUUUUGAGGAUGAAGGCAUGUGGGCGCUUGGCUUCUGGGUGUCUGCAGGCUCUGCCUUGGCAGCACUUGUUUUGUUUCUGGCUGGAACCACUAGGUACAGGCACUUCAAACCAAGCGGAAAUCCUCUCUCCAGGUUCUCUCAAGUCCUAGUAGCUGCAAUAAGGAAAUGCAGUGUUGAUAUGCCACCGGAUGCGGACGACUUGUAUGAUAUCGAUGGAAACGAUUCGUCCAUGAAUGGCAACAGAAAGAUUCUCCACACCGAUGAAUUCAAGUUCUUGGACAGAGCAGCAUACAUUAGUACGAGGGAUGUUGAAGAGCAGAAGAAGAGAGCACACAGCAUGUGGCGUCUCUGCCCUGUUACACAAGUGGAAGAAGUUAAAUGCGUAUUAAGACUACUCCCGAUUUGGCUUUGCACCAUAAUUUACUCUGUGGUCUUCACACAAAUGGCAUCCCUAUUCGUUGAGCAAGGUGCUGCAAUGAAAACUACGGUCUCUAAUUUCCGGAUUCCACCCGCCAGCAUGUCUAGCUUCGACAUUCUCAGUGUGGCACUUUUCAUAUUUCUUUACCGACGAGUUCUGGAUCCACUGGUUGCAAGGAUUAAGAAAAAGGGUUCCAGGGGACUCACCGAACUCCAGAGGAUGGGCAUCGGCCUUGUUAUAGCCAUAAUGGCAAUGGUUUCUGCCGGGAUAGUGGAAUGCUAUAGACUAAAACAUGCCGACAAAGACUGCAUGCAUUGUGAGGGCUCAAGCUCCUUAAGCAUCUUUUGGCAAGUUCCUCAAUACGCAUUUAUAGGAGCCUCUGAAGUUUUCAUGUAUGUUGGUCAGCUGGAGUUCUUCAAUGCACAGACUCCGGACGGAUUGAAAAGCUUCGGCAGUGCCCUUUGCAUGACGUCGAUCUCGCUAGGGAACUAUGUUAGCAGCUUACUAGUGACAAUGGUUAUGAAGAUCUCGACAGAAGAUCACAUGCCAGGAUGGAUACCGGGCAACCUGAACAAGGGUCACCUAGAUUGGUUUUACUUCCUCUUAGCUGGACUAACAACAAUUGACUUGAUUGUCUACAUAGCAUGUGCCCGAUGGUACAAGAGUAUCAAGCUGGAAGGAAAAACUGCAGAAAAUAUUGACGACCAAGUUAGCUUUAAACUAUAAUAUAUACAUAUCGGUGCUAAAACAUAUAAAUCACGGUAUAGAUUAAUAGAAUAAUGAGGAAACUGGGUUAGAGGGUUAGUCCCCAACAUGAUGAUGUUGAGAAAUUAAAGAUUUAAGUCGAAAGAAAAGUGGGGUAUCGUGAGAGAGAAAUCAAUUUUCCUCUCAACUCUCUUGAAUUCCCAUCACUUGAAUUGUCCUAUCUGUUUGUAAAUAUGCAGAAUGUUAUCUGCAUAAAAGAGCUUUCUCUUGGACUUUAAUGAAAGUGUAAUUUUCCUCCGCC